AUGGACUAUUUUAUAAAACAUACAAAGCCCACUCCCGAAGACCCCGUAUUGUUAUUGCUUGAUAACCAUCAAUCACAUGUUGACAUUGAUGUGGUUGAAAAGGCAAAGGCCAAUUCGGUUAUAAUGUUGUCUUUCCCGCCAUAUUGUACCCAUAAUUUGCAACCACUAGAUGUUGGCGUUAAUGGACCGUUUAAAACGUAUUGUGCCAAAGCGCAAGAAAACAGGCUACGUAAUAAUCCAGGCAAGACAAUGUCUAUUUAUGAGAUAUCUGGAAUUGUCAAACAUGCAUGGCCUUUAGCAGCUACACCAAAUAACAUUAUGAACGCAUUUAAAAAGGCAGGCAUAAGUCCAUACAACCCUGAUAUAUUUACGGAUGAAGAUUUUGCCCCGUCGUUCGUAACUGAUCGACCAAUGCCCGACACUGCUAAUAUUUCAUUGGAAUUGGGAAAUCUGGAACCACAGCUUCAAGAAUUAGCAGACGUUAAUGAACCUCAGGUGCAUCAUGAUAUGGAAACCAUCCCAGAUAACAAGCCACAUCCAGCAAUAAUAGAAUCAGCAACCAACGAACCUCAACCAGGACCCUCGCACAUUGCUAAUUUGCCAAAUAAUGUUGUCAUUCAAGCCACAUCUAGCACAUUUUCACCUGAAGCUAUUAAACCUUUACCAAAAGCACCACCAAGAUCGUGUGUAACAACUUAG